AUGUCUUGCCUGUGCAGGGUCUCAAGGUACCGUACGGAGCAAAGUGCCUGGAAAGCCAUAGAGGUUACUGCUAGCCAGCUGGGCAAGCUGGGGAGGGAUCCACCCCCCAACACAGAUGCGUCACAGGAGCAACGGCUGGUGGAGCUCUUUACCAGUGGUGGUGGUGGUGCUCCGGCUGCGGACCGGCUGACAUAG